AUGAAGAAAGCUUCAAUGACGAAGAGUAACGGCCUAAGAGUGAUUCUGUUUCCACUUCCACUACAAGGCUGCAUCAAUCCCAUGAUACAGCUCGCCAAGAUCCUUCACUCAAAAGGUUUCUCCAUCACCGUGAUCCACACGCGCUUCAACGCUCCAAAAGCUUCAAACCAUCCUCUCUUCACCUUCUUACAGAUCCAAGAUGGCUUGUCUGAAGCAGAGACAUCAACUCUUGAUGUCACACUACGCCUAACGCUUCUCAACCGAAGCUGUGAGCCUGCGUUUCGUGACUGUUUGACUAAACUGUUGCGAUCUGCAGAUUCAGAAACAGAGGAGGAUAAACAGAGGAUUAGCUGUUUGAUCGAUGAUUCCGGAUGGAUCUUCACACAACCCCUUGCUCAGAGUUUGAAUCUCCCGAGAUUGGUCCUUAAUACCUAUAAAGUCUCCUUUUUCCGGAACCACUUUCUUAUUCCUCAACUCCAGCGUGAAAGGUAUCUUCCAUUACAAGUUUCCGAACAAGAUGAUUCAGUAGAGGAGUUUCCACCGCUCCGAAGGAAGGAUCUUUCACGGAUUCUCGAUGCAGAAACGGAGGUACUUGACUCGUACUCGGAGAAGAUCUUGGAAACGACCAAGGCGUCUGCAGGUCUUAUAUUCGUGUCCUGUGAAGAGUUGGACCAAGACUCACUGAGUCAGGCCCGCCAAGAUUUUCAAGUCCCCAUCUUUGCGAUUGGACCUUCUCAUACCUACUUCCCGGGCUCGUCUAGUAGCUUGCUCACGCCGGACGAGACUUGCAUUCCAUGGCUAGACAAACAAGAAGACAAAUCAGUGAUUUACGUUAGUUUCGGAAGCGGCGUAACCAUCAGCGAAACAGAGCUAAUGGAGAUUGCUUGGGGUCUAAGAAACAGCAACCAACCUUUCUUGUGGGUCGUACGUGUUGGUUCGGUCAAUGGCACGAAGUGGAUCGAGACAAUCCCGGAAGAUCUCAUCGGAAGGCUUAAUGAAAAGGGGAAGAUAGUGAAAUGGGCCCCGCAACAAGACGUUCUGAAGCAUCGAGCCAUCGGAGGAUUCUUGACGCAUAAUGGUUGGAACUCGACGGUCGAGAGUGUUUGUGAAGGCGUCCCUAUGAUCUGUUUGCCAUUUUUCUGGGACCAAAUGCUCAAUGCAAGAUUCGUCAGUGAGAUAUGGAUGGUCGGGCUGCAUCUGGAGUAUCGGAUCGAGAGGAAUGAAAUCGAGAGAGCGAUAAGGAGAUUACUGUUAGAAACUGAAGGAGAAGCAAUCCGAGAAAGGAUGGAACUUCUUAAGGAGAAAGUUGGAGGAUCGAAGGAGAAAGCUUCAAUGGAGAAGAGUAAUGGCCUACGUGUGAUUCUGUUUCCACUUCCAAUACAAGGCUGCAUCAACCCCAUGAUCCAGCUCGCCAAGAUCCUUCACUCAAAAGGUUUCUCCAUCACCGUGAUCCACACGCGCUUCAACGCCCCAAACGCUUCAAGACAUCCUCUGUUCACCUUCUUGCAGAUCCCAGAUGGCUUGUCUGAAACAGAGUCAAGAACUCGCGAUGUCACGCUUCUCCUAACGCUUCUCAACCGAAGCUGUGAGUCUUCGUUUCGUGACUGCUUGACUAAACUGUUGCAAACUGCAGAUUCAAAAACAGAGGAGGAGAAACCCAGGAUUAGCUGUUUGAUCGAUGAUUCUGGAUGGAUCUUCACACAACCCCUCGCCCAGAGUUUGAAUCUCCCAAGACUGGCCUUUAUCGCAACUAAAGUCUCCUUCUUUAGAGGGCAUUUUGUUCUUCCGCAGCUUCGUCAUGAAAGAUAUCUUCAGUUACAAGAAACGGAAAUACUUGAUGCAUACCUGAGUAUGAUUUACAAUACGGUAAAAGCAUCUUCAGGUCUCAUAUUCAUGUCCUGUGAAGAGUUGGACCAAGACUCAUUGACUCAAACACGUCAAGAGUUUCAAGUCCCGGUCUUUGCGAUAGGACCUUCUCAUACCCGCUUUCCGGCUUCCUCUAGUAGCUUACUAACACCAGACGAGACUUGCAUUCCAUGGCUAGACAAACAAGAAGACAAAUCCGUGAUUUACGUUAGUUUCGGGAGCCUUGUGAGCAUCAGCGAAACAGAGCUAAUGGAGAUUGCUUGGGGCCUAAGAAACAGCGACCAACCGUUAUUGUGGGUCGUACGUGUUGGUUCGGCCAAUGGCACGAAAUGGAUCGAGACAAUCCCGGAAGAACUCAUGGAGAGGCUUAAUGAGAAGGGGAAAAUAGUGAAAUGGGCCCCGCAACAAGACGUUCUGAAGCAUCGAGCCGUCGGAGGAUUCUUGACACAUAAUGGUUGGAACUCAACGGUCGAGAGUGUUUGUGAAGGCGUCCCUAUGAUCUGUUUGCCAUUUUUCUGGGACCAAAUGCUCAAUGCAAGGUUCGUCAGUGAGAUAUGGAUGGUCGGUCUACAUCUAGAGAAUCGGAUCGAGAGGAAUGAGAUCGAGAGAGCGAUAAGGAGAUUAUUGUUAGAAACUGAAGGAGAAGCAAUCCGAGAGAGGAUGGAGCUUCUUAAGGAGAAAGUAGGAAGAUCGCUAAAACCGAGCACUUGUCUUCCUAAGGUAUACACGUGGUUGCCUCGCAAUCAGGUCAUCUUCACCGCCACGUUUUACCUUCUCAGGAAAGAAAAACAGAGAGAGAGAGAGAGAGAGAGAGAGAGAGAGAGAGAGAGAGAGGCUUCAAUGGAGAAGAGUAUUGCCCGACGAGUGAUUUUGUUCCCACUACCGUUUCAAGGCUGCAUCAAUCCCAUGAUUCAGCUUGGAAAAAUCCUCCACUCAAGAGGUUUUUCCAUCACCGUGAUCCACACGCGCUUCAACGCGCCAAAAGCUUCAAGCCAUCCUUUCUUCACAUUCUUGCAGAUCCCAGAUGGCUUGUCUGAAGCAGAUUCAAGAACUCGCGAUGUCACACUUCUCAUAACGCUUCUAAACCGAAGAUGUGAGUCUCCGUUUCGUGACUGCUUGGCUAAACUGUUGCAAUCUGCAGAUUCAGAAACAGAGGAAGAAAAACAGAGGAUAAGCUGUUUGAUCGAUGAUUCUAAUUGGGUCUUCACACAACCCCUUACCAAGAGUCUGAAUCUCCCAAGAUUGGUCCUUAAUACGACUAAAGUCUCCUUCUUUCGGAACCAAUUUGUUCUUUCUCAGCUCCGGCGUGAAAGAUAUCUUCCGCUACAAGAUUCAGAACAAGAUGAUCCAGUUCAUGAGUUUCCGCCGCUUCGACAGAAAGAUGUUUUCCGGAUUCUUGAAGAAGAAACGGAGCUACUAGAUGCGUACUUGAGUAUGAUUAACGAAUCGGUAAAGGCAUCUUCAGGUCUCAUAUUCAUGUCCUGCGAAGAGUUGGACCAAGCCUCACUGACUCAGACACGUCAGGAGUUUCAAGUCCCGGUCUUUGCGAUAGGACCUUCUCCUACCCGCUUUCCGGCUAAGUCUAGUAGCUUACAUAAACCGGACGAGACUUGCAUCUCCUGGUUAGACAAGCAAGAAGACAAAUCCGUGAUUUACGUGAGUUUUGGGAGCGUUGCAACCAUUAGCGAAACAGAGUUAGUGGAGAUUGCUUGGGGUCUAAGAAACAGCGACCAGCCUUUCUUGUGGGUCGUACGGGUUGGUCUGGUCAAUGGCAAGGAAUGGAUCGAGGCAAUCCCGGAAGAGUUCAUCGAAAAGGGAAAGAUUGUGAGAUGGGCCCCGCAAGAAGACGUUCUAAAGCAUCGAGCCAUUGGAGGUUUUUUGACACACAGCGGUUGGAACUCGACGGUUGAGAGUAUAUGUGAAGGCGUCCCGAUGAUCUGUUCGCCUUUUAUAUGGGACCAAAUGCUCAAUGCAAGGUUCGUCAGUGAGAUUUGGAUGGUGGGGCUGCACCUGGAGGGUCGGAUCGAGAGGAACGAGAUCGAGAGAGCGAUAAAGAUAUUAUUGUUAGAAACUGAAGGAGAAGCAAUCCGAGAGAGGGUGGAACUUCUUAAGGAGAAGGUAGUAAGAUCGGUUAAAGAAAACGGUUCGGCAUAUCGAUCUUUGGAUCAUCUGGUUGAUCAAAUAUCAUCUUUUUAGUAAUUACGUAAACAUGUUAUUCUAUUUAUAACAUGGCUGUCACUGUCAGAUGUCACACGACCAAUGUUUAAUUUCCCUGCACUUUUACAUUUUUGUUGACGGAAUUGUUCAGCAUGAGUUCCAAUUACCGCAAGAAUAAGGCC